GAGAGAGAAGCCACGGCUUCAACCGCGCGCGACGACCCUUUGGCAAAUAAACGCGUAUUCUGUAUUGACAGUUGAUCGAGAACGUAACUAUUUCGAAGAGGUGCUUGCUUCAAAGUGCUUGCAUCUUGGAGAAUUCGGAGAUUCUACAAACCGUUCGAAGAGAAGAUCACGCUAUGAAGAUUAUUAAAUAUCUUUGCUGUACUCUGGCCUGUAUAUGCCUGUUGAAGGUGGCAAACACUGAGGUUUCGAGAGACAAGAAUUCACUUUUACAGCUCGAGCGGCAACUUCUAGACGCCCUUACGGAAAAAACAACCAGACCAAAAAGGCCAUUUUGCAAUGCUUUCACAGGAUGCGGCAGAUUUUUUUCGGACGAAAGAAGAGUGAAGAAAAAAGGAACUUUCAUUCUGCAAGAUUUACCGGACUUUCGAGCGAUGAGCAACGUUCAGCUUCCGGUUUCUUUAUACAGAGCAUUGCUGAACGCCGACAAACAAAACAUUUGGAAAACGAUGGAUCGCGAAGAAUACAAUUACCGAUUACAACAAAUGCCACGAGUUUAUCUUUCGGGUCAAAUGCCUCUACGUGACACGAUGGAAAGCUAAUUUUAACGGAACACAAUCUGAUGCAUGGGCGCCACAAGAAUUUCUAACAGAUGGAACGUAUCUUCUCAUUCUUAAAUGCAUAAUACAAACUUCAUUUAUGAUUAUAUCAAAUAUCUGAUUAGAAUUACAUUAAUGAAAUUGUAAUGUUUUAAUUGUAAUUUAUUUCUUCUUUUGCAACAGAAUGUAAGUGCAUCUUUUGCAUUCAUUAUAUGGCGCCCAUAUGUGUCUUAAUAUUUAUUUUUAUUUUAUUGCCUUAUUGUAAUUAAAGAAAUCUACAUUUGAAAAAUUAUACAAUUAUAUGAUAUUUUAUUUUAUAUACAACUUCUGAGAAAUUUUACCGCUACAAAUGUAUUAUUCACGAAAGAAGCAUAUAAAAAUAUAAUCAGUAUAAUAUUGAUGUUAGCUAGUAUUAGCUUAAAAAUAUUUAUUUAUUUUACGAAA